CGUAAAAAAAAAUAACAUUUGCUUGGGAUAUAGAUCCUCGUAAAAAUGUCUCAAACAGCAGGUGUAAAGGCCUUUCCUAUCGCUGGUCGUGUGACCUCAGAAAGGGAAAGAUGCUUGGGUAUGACUCCAACUGAAAGGGCUUGGCGGAAGCAGUGGUUACAAGAUCAAAUUCUGGACAAGAACGAACCCCGUUACGUUGAAGAAUACUGGAAAGAACGCACUAAUCCAAUCCGUCGCUUUUACAGAAAGCCUUUAGACACGAUUUUCACCCGUCUCGCGCCUACUAUCGGCCAUGAACGCGCAGUCAACUAUAGAUACAUCACUGGGAAGCUAGGAUUGAUUUUUGUUGGCAUUCUUGGGGCUCACUAUUACUUUAAAUAUAAUGGCAAUGACUGGACAAAGAAGGGUGGUUGGAGAGUACUAAAGACCAAACCUAUGGUUCUCCCAGGGCAAGAAGGUUUCCCUUACCGUUCAGAGCAUACUAAAGAUGCUGACUAUGCCAAUAGGAACUUCAAGAACUCUCCUAUAUAAAUAUUAAAUUUACUUAUAAUUUGUACAUACAAAGAGAAUUA